UUAAGCCGCAGUGAGUGUCACUGAUAUUGCGCACUGCAACAUCGUAGUCGCUAUCCAUGGCUGAUUCACGUCAAAUGCUUAACUUUCCUGAACACAUUUGCCCAACACACCUCGGAAGCGCUGAGGCACCGUGGAACACUGCGGCAGUGCCACUGCAAGACGUCCUUCCGUCGAUCGUCGGCGAGGACCCCACGCCCCAGAGCCUCUGUCAAGCGUACAGCUACCACGCGUCUGCACUGUGUCUCCUGGUCUUCGCCAUCGUCACAAGUAUUGCCAUUAUUCGCGUAACGCAGUGGCCGGCCAUGACUGCAAACCCUGACGACGACCUUUUAGCGCCAAUAACAUUGGAACGGCGGCAGCAAUUCGUGGGCCGCCGGGAGGUGUACGGACAAACGUCGUCGGAAGCAGCGAGAACUACGGGCCACAUUAGCCAGUCGGUUCGUGAAAACAAGCCGACUGUGACCACUGUGCCCAGAAGAGCAACGACUGCGCCUACAGCAACAACUGUAGCUGCCGCAGCAGGUACGCCUGCGCAGCCGUCCGCGUUCGCCGAGAUACUCGAGCGCGAAAGAACGGUCCCGCUGGCGAAGAACGCCGGGAGUCGCGCUAAAAGAAAAGUCUGGGUCGUAAAAUCGACGCACGGUCCGAUCGUGGGGAAGGUCAUCGAUGUCAGAGGUAAAGAGGUAGCCGCAUUCAGAGGCAUUCCUUACGCCGACAGACUGAACAGAAAGCGCCGGUUCGAAAAGCCCCGCCCCGCGGUGCCAUGGAAGCGCGUACUGAGAGCUUACCGCGACGGACCGUCGUGCUAUCAACCGGGACCCGCUCGAGAUCAUCCGGUGUUUCUUGCGGGGUCGCAGUCGGAGAACUGCCUCUACAUCAACGUGUGGAUUCCCCUGUGCGCGGAUUCUCGAUCGAACUGCUCGCGCCGGACAAUUAUCGUUUACAUCCACGGAGGCAACUUACGUCGCGGCAGUAACUCGAUGCCCGUCUACGACGGCGCUGUACUCAGCGCGCUGGGACAAGUUAUCGUGGCCGUUCCCAACUACAGGCUCGGUGUGUUCGGCUUCCUUAGCCACAAGGUCAAUGGGACUCACGAGAACCCUGGCCUCCUGGACCAAGUCUUGGCGCUCGAGUGGGUUGCGAACAACAGCGAAGUCCUCGGCGGUCACCGCGACGACAUCGUCGUUUUCGGCCACGACUGGGGCGCCUACACCGCGAGCCUCUUUCUCGUAUCUCCGGCGCUGCGGCAGCGGUUCCGCAUCACGAAGGCCAUCCUCGGCAGCGGCUCGCUGCUGCUCCCGCCGCGUUUCGCGCACAACGCCUCCCACUGGCGAGGUUUCCUGGCGAAGCUCGGUUGCAGCGAACGCUUCUUCGACAACACGCUUUCGUGCUUGCGGAGAGCUCAGCCCAAGCGGCUGCUGGCAGCCCAGUCUCGGUAUCCGGGAUCCGUGGGGAUAGUUCACCCUCACGCGAUGCUUCCUCGACAGCCAGGCCAGUUCCUGCGCCUGGCGCACAACUUCAGCCGCGUUCAACUGCUGCUCACGAGCACGUCGCUCGAAGGAGUCGGCGUGCUCGACGAAGUGACCGCCGGCGUCAGCGGCACGGCAGCCGCCGGCACGCUUUCGCCCGAGCAUCUUCUUGCUGGGACUGGCCUGCACGUCGGAGGCGACGAAUUCCGCGGGUUUCUCGAGCUCUGGCGGGACAGAAUUCGCGAGUGUUACGAGCUACCGCGGGGCUCCGCGGAGUACGGAUCGGCGUUCGCCGUCAGUUUCCUGGGCGACGCGCUCUACAACUGCCCCUCGCUGCUCUUCGCGCGCCGCAUGUGCACGACGGGCGCGCAGGCCUUCCACGUCAUCGUCGGCCAAAAGCCGCGCUUCUGGAACCCAACGUCCAGCUUCCAGACGAGGGCCUCACACAUGGACGACGUGUACUUCGUUUUUGGCGUGCCCGUCUCGCAGCGGCUCAGUUACGGCAGUCGCGCGAGCGCUUACGAGGUUGACGUCUUAGCGCGAGAGGCGGCCUACUCCAGGCGAGUGAUCCGCCUCGUGACGGACUUUGCCAAGAACGGAUCCAGCGCACAGUUUGUGAGAGAACUCUCGCGACCGUAUUGUGAUGGCGCACGAUCGACGGAAAUGUUCCAAGGCAUCCGGACCGUGUCGUCUUGGAGAGUCGAGCAGUGCGAAGUGCAGAAUAAGUACCUCAGCUACAACUGAUUGUGCAGAAAAUCCUAAUGCGUGAAAGUAACAGCACCACAACAGCUUGAAGCGAGCUCUUUACAUAAUUCUUUAAUUUUCAAAUGCUAUUCAUAUUCUUUCGCUGUCCCUUUCUCUCUCUAUUUUGGUGUUCUUGUCCCAAUUCACGAGCAUAAUAUCGGCAAGUCAAGGGUUUCGAAGCCGCCCCAAAGAAAUGACUGUAUACCUGACAUAGUAAAGUUCUC